AUGGGACAAGGGCAGUCCAGCGAUGGCGAGAAAAAGGUCUCAACUGAACAAUUAAGCCAUGAACUGGCUCGCAAGUUUGCAAAACGUUGCUUUACACCCCUCGAACUCUACUCCUUUCAAGACGUGUUCAGAAGCCUUGCAGAUAAUCGAGAUGGCAUCUCAUACCUCAAAGAAGACACGAUUGCACGGUUUCUCGAAAUACCAGAUGUCUUGGGCGUCUCUUCCGUUGUCUUUCAGAUGAUAUCAUACCUGGGCGCAUUCCCUUUCGGACAGGACGCGCCAGUUGUCUUGGGUUUUGAGCAGAUGAUUAUGGUUGUGGUCAUAAUGUCCGAAAGAUAUCAACGAGUCCUGAAAAAGGGCAACCGUGAUCGGACUAAGCUACUUUUCCGCAGUCUAGCUGUCUUUGAUAGAAAGGAGUCGCAUGCAAAAAACGAGGAGAAUGAACCAGAUAAGGGGGGAUCGAAGAGUACGCCGCGGCCUGAAGCUUCGAGAAGCCAUGUGGCCGGGUUUGCAGUUGACCAGGCCACCAACGAUGAGGAAGAAGAUGAAGAAGACGACGAUGAUCUGGCUCUCGCAGCACUGGAAUCCCUUGAUGCGAUAGAAGUUUUCCGACAUGGAGACGCCCCAAUUGCUCAAGCUUCGAUACCGUCCGAUAACUUCAAAAAGCUGAUUAUGCUACUGAUUCUGGUAGCCCCACUGAGCAAUCAAGAAAGCCUAGCAAACCAUGCCGAAAGGCUUACUGGUGAUCAACUAGAAGGUCUUCGCAAAACCGCAGACAACAUACUCGCAGCGUUUGUGAACGUGGAAAAGUUUCCCGGAGUCAAAAUACAUCAAUUUAAUACAGUGAUACCCAACUCUUUACCUUUCUUAUUUAACGGUUUCAAUCCGUUAUUCGAGCACUUUUUAUUCUCCAAAGAUAUCGACUUCACCAAACGAAAAGAUGGGGCGUUGCCACCUCCUCCAUCUGCUGUCCCAGCGCUAGAGCAACCACUCCUUCCACCUCAGAGGGGCGAGAUUCUAGAUCUAAAUGUUUUGUCGCAACUCUCUUUCUUCAUACCAGGAAAUACUUUGUUUCGACAACUUCGACUCCUUUACUCCGGAGGCGAUGCCGGGUUCUCCCUUGGAAGCUUCGAGACGAGAGUGUUCAACUGGAGAGCUCCUACCAUAUUGCUUGUGUCUGGUAAUCGAAUUUCGGAUCCUCCUGAAGGCGGCCAAGAACGCGCAUUCUCUGAUACUCUCCGCCCAAAGCGAUUUCCAGAUAGCGGGAAAUCAGAUCAUGUAACAUUUGGAGUAUAUGUCACUCAGCCGUGGCGGCAAACACACAAAGAGUGCUUUGGCGACUCUGAGACUAAGCUGUUUCAAUUGGAGCCAGUACAUGAAGUUUUCCAUGCGUCAAAUAUGAAUAGAGACUAUGUCGCCUUCACCAAGCCACCUUCGGCUUCUUGCGGUAUUUCCAUUGGUAGCCCUCAUCCUAAAGCGAAGCAAACGUCCGGGUUGUCAACACUUGUAAAUCUUGGAGCAGUCUCGUUAAUGCUUGAUUCUUCAUUUGAGUUUGGAGUAUUCACACACAACUACACAUCUGGUGGUGGAGCAUUUCACAACUCAGAAACUCGGAGAACAGACUUCCAAGAUCGAUUCGAGAUAGAAAGUCUGGAGGUUUGGGGAUGUGGCGGAGACGCCGAAGCUGAGGAACAGAGGAAACGUUGGGCGUGGGAAGAGCGCGAAGCAGAGGCACGAAGAAAGAUCAAUCUUGGGAGUGGAGACAUGGAAGCAGAUAGGCAAUUACUGGAAAUGGCUGGGAUCAUUGGAGGCAACCGAAGUGGUGGCUCCAUGAAUUAG